GUUUGUUCGAAGCAUUUCUUAGAGGAGCAUUUUGAUCGCACGUCCGCGUUCAAAGUCCGCCUACGAGAGCAUGCAGUUCCUACUCUCUUGCUACCUCAUCCAGUACAACAAGGUGAUAGAGCACCUGAUGCAGCAAGCACCGAUUCAUCCUUUGAUUCCCCUCAGCUCAUGCAAGGUUGCGCUGAAGGCUUGCUGCUGCUUGCACAGGUUGCUGCAACUUCUCAUGAAGGCCUCCAAGCUUGCCUCUCCACACCUGCAUCGCCUGACUUAGCUGCAGGCUUCCACGGGCAGUCCACACUCCAACAGGAAGCCAUGGAUAUACAGCAUGAAAGUGCAGAUCCAAUCAGUUUACCUGACCCAGAUCCCUCCAACCUAAGUGCCAGUCAUUUCAUCGAGCCAGCACUUGUACAGACUCCCAUGGAUAUUGGUGAGGAGAGUGAAGCACAGGCCAGCAUCGCCACACCAGGUCCAUCCGGCCAAGUUGCUGGUAUUCAAUGGGAGCCGGCCCAUGAGCAGGUAAACACACACUUCCACGUGACAUAA